CGCCGACUGCUCGGACGGAGAGAAGUGUAUUAACAGCAAGUGCAUGAUAUCCUGUAUCACGCAUUCUCAGUGUCAAUUCGACCAGGCGUGUGUGAGCGGAGGAUGUAUCCUUGGUUGCCGCAGCAACAAAAAUUGUCCCCCUAUCGAAUCGUGCAUCAACAGCAAAUGUCAAGAUCCCUGCAGCAGGAAGGACGUCUGUGGACCGAAUGCGAUUUGCAGUUGUGCAAAUCACGCGAUCACCUGCACUUGUCCUCUCGGCUUCCACGGUAAUCCUACUCCGGAGCAAGGUUGCGUGCGAAUUCCGAGCUCGUGUGAAACUCCGCAAGACUGUCCCAGCCAACACCUGUGCGUCUCCGGACUGUGCCAAUGCCAAUGUUCGGAACAGAACAACUGCGCGCAAGGCGAGCGUUGCAAAAACGGCAUCUGCGUGAAGAUCUGUUACAGCGACAGCAACUGCCUGCCCGGCGAGCUGUGCAUCGAUGGAACGUGCGAAGCGGGUUGUACCUCCGACGUCGGCUGCAAACGCGACGAAGUCUGCAUUAACAACAAAUGCAGAUGUAGCCACGGAUUUAUCGCUGGUCCGGAGCACUGCCUGGAUAUCAACGAAUGUGAAGAUCAACCCUGCCACCCGAGCGCGGAUUGUAUUAAUCUUCACGGAUCUUAUCGAUGCACAUGUCCCCUGGGCACUGCGGGCGAUCCCGUGGGAACGGGCUGCGUGCUUCCGCAUCAAUGCACCGCGCACACGGACUGUCCGGACUCGCAGGCCUGCAUUCAUCACAACUGUUCGGAUCCGUGCUCCUCGGUUGAUUGCGGAUUGAACACGAUUUGCUCGGUCUUGGAUCACGUGGCCGGUUGCCAGUGCCAACCUGGUUACAUCGGCGAUGCUUCGGGUUGCUUCAAAGUGGAGUGCCUUUCCAACAGCGACUGUCCGACGGACAAAUACUGCAAUCAGGAAACCAAUAAGUGCAGCAGUCCUUGCAAUCAAGUGAACUGCGGAUAUGGCAACUGCGUGGCUGUCGAGCAUAUCAGCGUGUGCAAAUGUUAUCCUGGCUUCAUUCUCGUCGGCGACAUCUGCGGUGAUGUGAACGAGUGCUUGCAGGACCCUUGCCAUUCUUCAGCCGUAUGCCACAAUACGGAGGGAUCGUUCGCCUGCACUUGCCCGCAUGGUCUAGUGGGGGAUCCGUUCAAGGCCGGCUGUAAGCAGCCCGGCGAUUGCUUUACGGAUUCAGACUGCCCGAAUUCGGCUGCCUGCAUUGACAACAAAUGCACUAAUCCGUGCGAUACAUCGGGCAUUUGCGGCAGAAACGCGGAGUGCCUUGCUCGCGACCACGUUCCGGUCUGUAGAUGUCCCGGACAGACCACAGGAAAUCCAGCAACCGAAUGUAUCCAUCUGGAAUGCAAUUAUCAUAGCGACUGCAGCCAAUCGGACGCAUGCUUCGAUCAUAAAUGCGUCGACCCCUGCUCGCUUUCGAACGUUUGCGGACACGGAGCCGAUUGUUCGUCGCUCAAUCAUAGCGCUGUGUGCACCUGUCAGCCUGGCGGUACAGGUGACCCGAAUCUCGGAUGUACUCCUGUUCAAUAUUGCAAGAGUGACUCGCAGUGUGCGACCGGGUCAGCGUGUAACGGAGGUAUAUGCACAGCGCUCUGUGGAAGUACGAGAGACUGCAUCGGCGAUCAACUCUGCAUCAACGGUCUCUGCCAACCUACCUGCCGAAGUAACUCAAGCUGCCCAGAAUAUCAAUACUGCCAUAAUAACAUAUGUGUUCAAGAAUUACGCUGUAUAACAGACAAUGAUUGCUCAUACGAUGAAAAGUGCGUUAAGAAUAAUAUCGGACAGGCGGAGUGUCGCAAGGCGUGCGACUUAAUACUCUGCGGCCGUAACGGCGAGUGCAAGGCUGAAAAUCACCUCGCCACGUGUUCCUGCAAGUCCGGCUUCUUCGGUAAUGCGAAAGACGACAAGUUCGGCUGCCAACCGGUCGAAUGUGAGGCUAACGACGACUGUACUCAGGAGAAGAUCUGCGACCUACACAGAUGUAGAAUCGCUUGCCUGGCGCACAAUCCCUGCGGCACGAACGCUAUUUGCACAACGGAGAAACACGUUCAAGUUUGUACGUGCCAGCCCGGCUACACGGGAGAACCGACGCGUGCCUGCGAACUGAUCGACUAUUGUGCGAAUGCACCUUGUGCGCCCGGCGCGUUGUGCGAAAACUCGCGCGGAUACUUCAGGUGUCACUGCCAACCCGGCACCGUCGGGGAUGCUUACAACAGCGGCUGCCAACCGCCGGUGGAGUGCCUUCACGAUACCGACUGUCCUCUGACUGCCAAGUGUGUCAACAUUAACAACGUACCGAAAUGUUUCGAUGCUUGUGCGCGCAUCAGGUGCGGUCCAAACGCGGACUGCGUCGCGAGCAAUCACGUCGCGAACUGCCAAUGCCGCGCCGAUUACGAGGGCGAUCCUGGUAAUCUGAGCAUAGGAUGCAGACCGAAACCGGUGGUGUGCUCGUCGCACGUCGACUGCUCGGUCAAUACCUACUGUUACGAGGGCAUUUGUCGACCAUCCUGUCAGUCGGACGAGGAGUGCAACUUAUCCGACGUCUGCUUGAACGGGCAAUGCCUGGACCCAUGCGACGUGCGGGCGUCCUGCGGCAUAAACGCCGAGUGCAAAGUGCGAAGUCACAUCAAGCAAUGCAGCUGCCCACCGGGCUUCACCGGUAACUCCGAAGUGGAAUGCGUAAGACUACCGGUGUCCUGUCUGGGAAGCAAAGACUGCAGCGCAGGCAACACCUGUCGCGAGAACGUCUGCCUGCCGAUCUGCACCGUCGACAACGAGUGCGCGCUGAACGAGAAGUGCAUCAGCGGCAAUUGUUUGCUGACUUGCCGUUUGGACAACGACUGUUUCCUGGGCCACAUUUGCCUGCACAACAUGUGCUCGUUCGGCUGUCGCGCCGACGAGGAUUGCAACGCGAACGAGGCAUGCCUGGGCAACAAGUGCGUGAACCCGUGCGAGGCCACGCCGUGCGGACCGAACGCCAAGUGCACCGUCUUCAAUCAACGAGCGACGUGCUCCUGCCCCGUCGGCUUCAUCCCGAACCCCACGGCCAAGGUCGCGUGUCUCAGGUCACCUGGCCCGAUCUGCCAGGCUAAUCGGGACUGCGCCAUAGGCACGGCUUGCAUCGCCGGCGUCUGCACGGCCGUCUGCUCGACGAACGCGAACUGCUUGAGCAACGAGAGAUGCGACAGCACUGGCAUCUGCAAGUCGCUCUGCAGGCGGGACGAGGAUUGCAGAAGCGGCGAGAUCUGCGAGGGUCUGGUGUGCGUCGCCGGUUGUCGCGCGGAUAUCGAGUGCCAGGAUAAUUACGCGUGUGUCAACAAUCAAUGCACUGAUCCGUGUCUAUUGCCUGGCGCUUGUGGCGUAAAUGCCAAGUGCACGACCAUCAAUCACCAGAAGGUAUGUUCGUGUCCGCUGCCUUUGGUCGGAGAUUCGCAAAUUGGAUGCAAGCAGGCGUUCCUUCCUUGUUCAUCGGAACUGGAAUGCUUGCCCGGACAAACGUGUUACGGCAGAUCAUGUUAUUCCACCUGCAGAAGUGACGCGAAUUGUUUGAGCGACGAGCGGUGCGACGGCGGUAUUUGUAAGGCAAUAUGCAACAGUGACGACCAUUGCGUUGCCAACCAGAUAUGUCACAGUCGCAUGUGCGACAUUGGAUGUCGUAGCGAUAACACGUGUCCAAGCGACGAGUCCUGCAUCAACAAUCAAUGCAGAAGUCCAUGCGAAGGUGGCAAGGCAUGCGGCGACUGUGCCGGAUGUCGGGUGGUCAAUCACGUGGCUCAAUGCAGCUGUCCAGCCAAUUAUUACGGCAACGCGUUGAUUAAUUGCGCGAAGACCAUGAUCCCUUGCGACGGCUCGUGUGAGUGCGACGAAAUCGGAUUCUGCACCACCGGCUGCCACCAUCAGGAUCACUGCUCGUGCGGGGAGGUCUGUCACAACGGAAAGUGCCGCAUCAAGUGCGACGUCAACAACGCCUGUCCCAAGGGCUACGUGUGCGACGGAGGCAUAUGUCUGAUCGGCUGUCGCACGCACUCCGAUUGCCCGGCAUCGUUGUCGUGCGCGAACGGCCAAUGCGUGGACCCAUGUUCCGCCCACGGAUCACCCUGCGGAAUAAACGCACUCUGCCGCGUCUCGAAUCAUCGCGCGGUUUGCCUGUGUCCGGAGGGCUACCAGGGCGAGCCGAGCCAGGAGUGCUACCAGCUCGAGUGCCAUCACGACGACGAUUGCGAACCGAACAAACGUUGCAGCGAAUACGGGGUCUGCACGAAUCCGUGCUUGCAGCACAGCGUCUGCGGCUUCAACGCGCAGUGCCGGGUGAUCAACAGGAAGGCACAGUGCUCUUGCCCACCGGGACACGUCGGCAAUCCAAAGAUCAACUGCAAGAAAGGUGGAGACGAAUGUUUACGAAGACCUUGCGGUAUCAACGCCAAAUGCCGAGAAACUGUGAGCGGUUUCGAAUGCACCUGUGAUCCGGGAUGCCACGGCGAUCCGCAUCAGGCGUGCCUCUGCGACGGCGAUCUCUGCAAGGACACGCGUUGCGGUGUCAACGCAGCCUGCCGAAUUUACAAGAAUCAGCCGCAAUGUUAUUGCCCACCGAGCAACCCAUCGGGCGAUCCAAUGCACGCAUGUAGCUCAGAUAGGGAUUUGGGUGACUGUCGGAUUAACGGCUGCGGACAGAAUGCCGAGUGUAUUAGGGACGGAGCUAUAUUCGUCUGCCGAUGUCCGCCAGGUACCAGCGGCUCGCCGGAUAUCGAGUGCACGACAGACGUGAAAUGUACGACGCACAGCGACUGUCCGGUCCAGCUGGCGUGCGUGAAUCAACAGUGCCUGAAUCCUUGCACCUUGGGCAAUCCGUGCGACUUCGUCGAGGUGUGCCAUGUCCAGGAUCACAGACCGGUCUGUGUCAAACUGGAUACCAACGAAGCGGAGUGCCCUUACUGCCCACCUGGUAUGCAGUGCGACCCAUCGACGAACACCUGCGUCAAAGCGGGUUGCACUAGCAACAGGGAUUGCCCCUUGACAGAGGCGUGCAUUGGGCACACUUGCCAGGAGCCAUGUCUGGUUCGGAAUCCUUGCGCGGAACACGCUAUUUGUAUUAAUACGAAUCACGGAGCAGACUGCAGCUGCGAGGAGGACUACCACGGCAACGGGUUCUCCUAUUGCGAUUUGGUGGAGGAAGGCAAGAAUAUCUGCCAAUACAACGAGGACUGUCCUCCGAACAAGUACUGCGAUCGACUCAACAGGGAAUGCAUCAAUCCGUGCGCUGAGUAUGACUGCGGGGAGAAUGCGAAGUGCGUGUCCAGUAAUCACGAGGCGCAGUGCACGUGCCUGCCAGGAUACCGCGGGAAUCCCCAUGUCGGUUGCCAAGACGAGACAUUCACUUCCGAUCCUUGCGUGCCGAAUCCGUGCGGUCUGAACGCCCUGUGCGAGAACGACAAUGGAAACCCCGUUUGUUUCUGCCCGAAGGGUCUAACCGGCAGUCCGUUCGAGCAAUGCAUUCCAGAAGGCGACCAGUGCGAGGGCAAUCCAUGCGGCGUUAAUUCAGGAUGCCGAGUGGUGGGCGGACAGGUGAAGUGCUUCUGCUUGCCAGGAUACGAGGGGGAACCGCCGCACACCCCUUGCGUACUACCCAGCACUUCCUGCGAUCCUUCUCCGUGUGGCCCCAAUACUCGCUGUACAGUGUUGAGCAACGGCUUCGCGAAGUGUACCUGUCUACCAGGAUACAUCGAGAGCCCUAACACGAUCAGGGGAUGCGUGCCCAAAGCCGACCAAUGCGAAUCGAAUCCCUGCGGUUCCGGAGCGGCAUGCAACAGCACGAGAGUGCCACCUUGCUACUGCCCGGAUCUCAUGGUCGGAAAUCCGUACAAGAGCUGCGGAGCGCGACCAUCCGGACCGUACGAUCUCUGCUUGUUGUCACCUUGCGGCAAGAAUGCUAUUUGCACCUCGUUCGAUGGCGUGGCUAAGUGCACAUGCGUACCGCCAUUCGUCGGCAAUCCCUACGUGGACGGCUGCGAAGCUGAGUGCAUCGUUAAUCGCGAUUGCGAGAAUCAUCUGGCCUGCUUCAAUCAGCACUGCAGAGAUCCAUGCCCGGGUGUAUGCGGCGCUAAUGCGCGCUGCGAGGUCGUCGAUCACCUUCCAAUGUGUUCCUGCCUGCCAGGAUACACCGGCGAUCCGUUCAGAUCCUGUAAAGUGGAGAAGCCUUCAGUGCCAGAUCAAAAUUCGUGUAUGCCAUCACCGUGCGGGCCACACAGCAUCUGUCGCGUAAUGAAAGACCGCGCAGUGUGCUCCUGCAGUCCGGGUUACCAAGGCACACCCCCACAUUGCCGCCCUGAGUGUCUCGUCAGCACUGAAUGCCCGACUCAUUUGGCUUGCAUUAAUCAAAAGUGUAAUGAUCCCUGCCCGGGCUUGUGCGGCUUGAAUGCUCAUUGUCAAGUCCUCAAUCACAAUCCGAUCUGCAGCUGUCCUCGUCAGUAUGUCGGCGAUCCAUUCACGCAAUGCGUCAAAGAAGAACCUCUACCUCCGACCAGGAAUCCUUGUUUACCAUCGCCCUGCGGCCCCAAUGCCGACUGCCGCGUCCAAGAGGACCAUCCCAUAUGCACGUGCAUCAGCGGUAUGUUUGGGGCACCGCCGAAUUGCAGACCGGAGUGUGUGAUCGAUCAGGACUGCGCUAGUUCCUUAUCGUGUAUCCAAAAGAAAUGUCUGGACCCGUGCGUUGGAUCCUGCGGAUUCAACACGAACUGUACAGUGCAAAAUCACCGACCCAUGUGCUACUGCUACGACGGUUACGAGGGAGAUCCUUUCUCAGGCUGUGCCAAAGUCGUGUUCCCGGUGCAAAUGCCGUGCGAUCCUUCGCCGUGCGGCGCGAACGCCGUGUGCAAGGAACGGAACGGUGCGGGCUCUUGCACUUGCCUGCCGGAUUACACCGGCGAUCCGUACGAGGGUUGCCGGCCGGAAUGCGUGCAGAACUCGGAUUGCGCUCACACGAAGGCCUGCAUCAACAACAAGUGCAAGGAUCCGUGCAUAGGAGCGUGCGGGAUCAACGCGCAAUGCCAAGUUUAUAAUCACCAACCGUCGUGCAGUUGCCUUUCUGGCUACACCGGGGAUCCGCUGAAAUCUUGCCACGUGCCGAUAGAGCCUCCGGUGCCGGAUAAUACAUGCCAACCGUCUCCCUGUGGGCCGUAUAGCAACUGCCGUGUCAUCGACAAUCACGCGGUCUGCUCUUGCCAACCUAAUUACAUCGGCAGCCCACCGUCUUGUCGGCCGGAAUGCGUGGUCAGCACGGAUUGUGGUGCGAACGCGGCGUGCAUCAAUCAAAGGUGCAAGGAUCCGUGUCCCGGCACGUGUGGCGUGAACGCAGAGUGCCGAGUGAUCAAUCAUAAUCCGGUCUGCAUUUGCGCGAUCGGCUACAGCGGCGAUCCGUUCUUCGGAUGUGUCAAAGAAGAAGUGACAUCGACGCCGAAACCGAGUGGCAAUCCGUGCGUUCCCUCGCCGUGCGGUCCGAACUCCCAGUGUCGGGUGAUCGACGGCUUCCCAGCAUGCUCCUGCCUGCCGAAUUACGUGGGCCGUGCACCAAAUUGUCGUCCGGAAUGUGUUAUAAACGAGGGAUGUCCCGGAAACUUGGCGUGUCAGAACGAACAAUGCGUCGAUCCGUGCCCAGGCUCGUGUGGCGUCAACACCAACUGCAACGUCGUGAAACACAACCCUGUUUGCAUAUGCAACGAAGGCUACACCGGCAAUCCCUUCACGGAGUGUACGCUCAUCAUGGACGAACCUAUCACAACGGUACGCUACACCACGCCGUGCAAUCCGUCGCCGUGCGGCGCCAACGCCGUGUGCAACGAGCGAAACGGCGUCGGGUCCUGCACCUGCCUGCCGCAAUACUUCGGCGACCCGUACAUCGCCUGCCGACCUGAGUGCGUGACCAACGCCGACUGCGACCGCAGCAAGGCCUGUCUGAACAACAAAUGCGUGAACCCGUGCCCGGGGACCUGCGGCCAGGGCGCUACGUGCCGCGUCGUGAACCACGCUCCGUCGUGUUCCUGCCUGCCGGGUUACACCGGCGACCCGGUGAACGGCUGCACAGUGAUAGAGGUGACACCGUUGCCGCCACCGAUCGAUCCCUGCGACCCGUCGCCGUGCGGGCCCAACAGCAACUGCCGGACGCAGAACGGGCACGCGGUGUGCCUGUGCCAGCCAGGAUUCUCCGGGAUCCCGCCGACCUGCCGGCCGGGCUGCAUCGUCAGCUCCGAGUGUCCGCAGAAUAAGGCGUGCGUCGACAACAGGUGCGCGGACCCGUGUCCAGGCUCAUGCGGGCAGAACACCAACUGCCUCACGGUCAACCACAAUCCCAUCUGCAGCUGCGCCAACGGCUACGCCGGCGACCCCUUCGUGCACUGCUUCAAGGUCAGCACCGUGUCGCCGUUGCCGAAGGGCGAAGGGGACCCGUGCUCGCCGAAUCCCUGCGGCCCGAACUCGCAGUGCAAGGUGAUCGGCUCGCAUCCGGCCUGCUCCUGUCUGCUCAACUACAUCGGCCGCCCGCCGAACUGCAGACCGGAAUGCACCGACAACUCGGAGUGUCUCACCACUGCCGCGUGUAUCAACCAGAGGUGCAAGAAUCCUUGCCCGGGCGCGUGCGGCGAUCUCGCCAGGUGCACCGUCCAGAAUCACAUCCCGAUUUGCACCUGUCCGGAAGGUUACGAGGGCGACGCUACCGUGCGCUGCGACCUGGCACCACCGCCAGCGACAGACAAGUCUAUUCCGAACCCAUGUUUGCCGAAUCCUUGCGGCCCCAAUGCGCAAUGUCGCGAAAGGAACGGAGCGGGUGCUUGCGGAUGCCCGCCGGAUUUGAUAGGUGAUCCUUACGACAUUGUUAAAGGGUGCCAUAAAGAAUGCGAAACGAAUAAUGACUGUGCGCCGCAACUGGCAUGCGUUGGCUUCAAGUGCACGGAUCCUUGUCCCAAUACGUGCGGAACGUUGUCCAUAUGCAACGUACAAGCGCACGUUCCCGUUUGCCUGUGCCCGGCGGGAUACACGGGAGAUCCGUACUUCGCCUGUGAGAUCGUAGAAAUCACACAACAAGCGGAGCCGUGUUCCCCGUCGCCUUGCGGACCCAACAGCAAAUGUCGGGUGGUCAAUGGCCAGGCUGUGUGCACAUGUCUGCCAGAGUACAGAGGUAUUCCACCGUCGUGCAGACCGGAAUGCAUCGUUAACGCUGAGUGCCCACCGCACCUCGCGUGCGUGAACAAGAAGUGCGCGGAUCCUUGUCCGAAUACCUGCGGGCUCAGGGCCCAAUGUACCACCAAGAAUCACAACCCGAUUUGCACUUGUCCCUCCGGCUUCACGGGGGAUCCUUUCACCCUGUGCUCGCCGCAUAUUCUAGACGAGUUCCCGACGACCGAACGGCCACCGUCUUGCACUCCGUCGCCUUGCGGCCCGAAUUCCUUGUGCCAACUCAUAUCCGGUAAUCCUGCAUGCUCUUGUUUGCCAAAUUACAUCGGCGUGCCGCCUCAGUGUCGACCGGAGUGCAUUUUGAGCUCCGAGUGCAAGAGUCAUCUCGCGUGCGUCAAUCAGAAGUGUGCGGACCCAUGUCCGGGCUCGUGCGGAAUAAACGCUCAGUGUCACGUGCUGAACCACUUGCCGGUCUGCACGUGCAUGGAAGGUUUCAUCGGAGAUCCGUUCACGCAGUGCAGCGUUAUCCCGACAGUUACAGUAGCACCGUCCACCGACCCUUGCGCUCAGUCUCCAUGCGGCCCGAACGCCGUGUGCGACAACGGUGAAUGCAGGUGCCUGCCGGAAUACAUCGGCAAUCCCUACGAGGCCUGCCGUCCGGAGUGCAUUUUGAAUUCCGAGUGUCCUCGCGACAAGACGUGCCUGAGGAACAAGUGCAAGGACCCUUGCCCCGGAAUUUGCGGCCAAAACGCGCAAUGCGACGUGGUGAAUCACAUCCCCGUCUGUUCCUGUCCGUCUGGAUACGUGGGCGAUCCGUUCGUCAGCUGUCGCAUUCAGCCUACAGUACCGCUACCUCAGAAGGAUCCGUGCACACCUUCGCCUUGCGGACCAAACAGUCAAUGUCGCAACAUCGAGGAUCACGCAGUGUGCUCUUGCCUCCAAGGAUAUCUCGGCUCUCCGCCAUCCUGCAGACCGGAAUGUCUUGUCAGCUCCGAGUGCCCACCGACGAGAGCCUGCGUCAACAAGAAGUGCACGGACCCGUGCCUGGGCUCCUGCGGCCUGAACGCGAGAUGCGAAGUGAUCAACCACUCGCCGAUAUGCAGCUGCCUGCCCGGACAGACUGGAGAUCCGUUCAAGAGUUGUUAUGAUAUGCCAAUACCGCCAGAGCCGAAGGACCAGGGAGAUCCUUGCAACCCUUCGCCGUGCGGACCAAACGCUCAGUGUCAGAAUGCAAACGGACAAGCAUCUUGUUCGUGUUUACCCACGUAUAUCGGCACACCGCCAGCGUGUCGGCCCGAGUGCUUGAUCAACCCUGACUGUCCACACGAAAAAUCCUGCAUAAAUAUGAAAUGCAAGGAUCCCUGUCCAGGAUCUUGCGGCGAUAACGCCGAGUGCAAGGUAGUGAACCAUGCGGUAACCUGUUCCUGUAAGAUCGGCUUUACCGGCAAUCCGUUUGUGCAAUGCGUGUUGGAAGAGGAGACGAUCAAUCCCUGCGAGCCGUCACCAUGCGGAGCCAAUGCGAUUUGCCAGCAACGGGACAACGCGGGCGCUUGCAUCUGCAUCGACGAUUACCACGGCAAUCCUUACGAGGGCUGCCAGCCUGAAUGCGUUCUCAGCGCGGACUGUCCAACAAACAAAGCUUGUGUACGCAACAAGUGCAAGGACCCCUGCCCGGGCGUGUGCGGCGUUAGCGCUCAGUGCUCGGUCAUCAAUCACAUCCCCACGUGCACCUGCGAGCCCGGAUACGUCGGAGAUCCAUUCACGAUUUGCACCCUCCAACGGGAAACGGAAACCGAGCCGACCGUCCGCGAUCCAUGCUCGCCCACACCCUGCGGACCGAACAGCUUGUGUCGCGCGGUGAACAACCAAGCCGUGUGCACGUGCCAGGAGUCCUUCACGGGCACCCCGCCGAACUGCAAGCCGGAAUGCGUCGUAAACUCGGAGUGUCCGCAGAACAGGGCGUGCUACAAGUACAAAUGCACGGACCCGUGCCCGGGCACUUGCGGCGUCGAGGCCAAUUGUCGCGUCAUCAAUCACAACCCUCUCUGCAGCUGUCCGCAGGGAAAGACGGGCGAUCCCUUCUCCAGAUGUUUCCCUGAACCAGUUGUGCCGAUGCCACCGGUAGAUCCUUGCUUCCCCAGCCCGUGCGGACUUUACGCGGAGUGCAAAGUCGUCAACGACCAAGCCGCGUGCACCUGCCUGAAGAAUUACAUAGGCCUACCACCGAAUUGCCGCGCGGAAUGUGUGGUCAACACGGAUUGUCCGUCGGAUCAGGCCUGUAUCUCAGAGAAGUGUCGGGAUCCCUGCGUCGGCUCCUGCGGCCAGAAUGCCGACUGCCGCGUUCAGAAUCACAUACCAGUCUGCUUGUGUCAAUCUGGAUACUCUGGCGAUCCUUUCACGUUGUGCACAUUAAUCAUAGAACAACCAAAGGUUCCCGAAGAUCUCUGCAACCCGUCACCAUGCGGACCUAACGCGGAGUGCAACGAGGGCGUCUGCACCUGUCUUCCUAAUUACUUCGGGGACCCGUAUUCGUACUGUCGGCCGGAGUGUACGAUGAAUUCGGACUGUCCCCGCGUUAAAACGUGCAUUAAUCAGCACUGCGUGGAUCCUUGUCCAGGCACGUGCGGUCGUGAUGCGCGUUGCGACGUGGUCAAUCACGUGCCAAUGUGCAGCUGUCCACCUGGUUACACCGGAAAUCCGUUCCUUCUCUGCCGACCGUUCAUACCGGACGAUACCAUCAAGCAGCCUUGCACACCUUCGCCCUGUGGACCAAACAGCGUCUGCAAAGUAGUGAACGAUCACGCUGUCUGUUCUUGCCAACCUGGUUUAAUCGGCAGUCCACCCGCCUGCAAGCCGGAAUGCGUCGUUAGCGCGGAUUGUCCGUUGACACAAGCUUGUUUGAACAACAAAUGUCAAGAUCCGUGCCCAGGCACCUGCGGACAGAAUACGAACUGCCAAGUGGUCAAUCACAAUCCGAUAUGCAGCUGCGUCGUAUCUUACACCGGCGAUCCCUUCACUAUUUGCUAUCCGCAACCAAAAACGCCACCGGUGCCGACGAAUCCGUGCCAACCGUCGCCUUGCGGGCCGAACGCGGAGUGCCAAGUGAGGGGCGACAGUCCCGCGUGUUCGUGCAUCGAGAAUUACAUCGGCCUGCCGCCGAACUGCAGGCCGGAGUGCACGAUCAAUCCGGAGUGUCCGCCGCAGUUGGCGUGUAUGCAACAAAAGUGUCGCGAUCCGUGUGUCGGUCUGUGCGGUCUGAAUGCUCAAUGCUCGGUAGUGAAUCACCAAGCGGUUUGUGCGUGCGUCGCCGGAUACACCGGAAAUCCAUUCAGCGCUUGCGAACGAGUACCCGAGGAUACGCUCCCAGAUAUUAGAAAACCAUGCGAGCCUUCUCCAUGCGGCCUGAACGCGAUCUGUCGCGAAAACAACGGCGUCGGCUCGUGCACCUGUCCGCCGGACUACUUAGGCGAUCCCUAUACGGAAUGCAGACCCGAGUGCACGCAAAAUUCCGACUGUUACACGAGAAUGUCGUGCGUUGCCCUGAAAUGCAGAGACCCUUGCCCAGGCACAUGCGGAGUGAACGCCCAAUGUCAGGCGGUUAAUCAUCUGCCAAUGUGCACUUGUAUUCCUGGCUAUACGGGCAACCCCUUCACCUACUGUUCCCCGAUAGUCGAAACCCCCCUCCCGGAGGCAAACCCCUGCAGCCCAUCCCCAUGCGGACCGAAUAGUAAGUGCCGGGAUGUGAACGGCCACGCCGUUUGCACCUGUCUCCCGAACUUUAUCAGCAGCCCCCCCAACUGCCGGGCCGAAUGCGUGGUGAACAGUCAGUGCUCCCUGGAACUCGCAUGCAUCAAUCAGAAAUGCGCAUCGCCCUGCCCGGACGCGUGCGGAAUAAACACCCAGUGCAAAGUGAUCAAUCACAGCCCCAUCUGCAUCUGCAACCUCGGCUUUACCGGGGAUCCCUUUACGAGGUGUUUCCCAGCGCCACAAGCGCCGUUACCAGAUUAUCCUGUAGUACCCCAAGACCCGUGCAUACCGUCUCCGUGCGGCAUGUACGCGGAAUGCAGGAAUAUCGGUGGCACGGCCUCCUGCUCCUGCUUGCCGAUCUACAGAGGCUCGCCGCCGAAUUGCCGCCCUGAGUGCCGUGUGAAUUCCGAUUGCUCGAUGAAUCUCGCCUGCAGCAACGAAAAGUGCAGAGAUCCCUGUUUAGGCUCCUGCAGCAUCACUUCCUUGUGCACCGUGUACAAUCACGUGCCCGUGUGCACCUGUCCCGAGGGGUAUACCGGCGAUCCUUUCAGUAAUUGCUAUCCCAAGCCGAUCGCAACGGCGCCCACGAUUAUCGAUCCCUGCGACUUGAAUCCUUGCGGAUCGAAUGCGCGAUGCAAUAAUGGCGUUUGCGUGUGCCUGCCCGAAUACCACGGUGAUCCUUACGUGGGUUGUCGUCCCGAGUGCGUCAUGAACACCGACUGCGCUCAUGAUCGCGCGUGCAUCCGUAACAAAUGCGCGGAUCCCUGCCCGGGCACGUGUGGUCGCAACGCAUUGUGCUCCGUGUACAAUCACAUACCUAUAUGUACCUGUCCCGCCGGGAUGGCCGGCAAUGCCUUCGUCCAGUGUUCCAUUGUUGAAGAUUCCGUGAAGGGGAACCCUUGCUCACCCUCGCCCUGCGGACCCAACAGUGUCUGUCGAGAGAACAACGGGCAACCGGUGUGCUCGUGUGUCGCCGGAUUCCUCGGCGUACCGCCGACCUGCCGGCCGGAAUGCACCGUCAGCUCCGAGUGUCCGCUGACCGAAGCUUGCAGCAAUCAAAAGUGCAUAAACCCCUGUCUCGGUGCAUGCGGAAUUCGAGCCACGUGUCAAGUGAUCAAUCAUAACCCGAUCUGUAGCUGCCCGGCCGAACUCGACGGAGAUCCGUUCAUUCGAUGCAUUCCACGACCACCCGAGCCCGUGGUACAGACAAACCCCUGUGUGCCGUCCCCGUGCGGACCGAACGCCGAAUGUCGGGUUGUAGGCGACAGCCCCUCGUGCUCUUGCCUACCCGAGUUCCUGGGCAUACCACCGAAUUGUAAGCCGGAAUGUGUCAGCAACAGCGAGUGUCCCUCGCAUUUGGCGUGUAUAAAUCAGAAAUGCAGGGACCCGUGCGAAGGCUCGUGCGGCGCCAAUGCCGAGUGUCGCGUGGUGAGCCACACACCCAUGUGCGUUUGUCCCAACGACUUCACCGGCGAUCCAUUCACGCAGUGCACAAUCAAGCCACCCACGCCGAUCGCGAUAUCGCCCUGCAAACCAUCGCCUUGCGGCUUUAACGCCGUCUGCAAGGAGCAGUACGGCGCCGGAUCUUGCUCUUGUCUGCCCGAUUACGUCGGCAAUCCUUACGAAGGAUGCCGGCCGGAAUGCGUUAUCGACACGGAUUGCAUAUCCACCCUUGCUUGCAUACAAUCCAAGUGUCAGGACCCGUGCCCCGGUACUUGCGGACAGUUCGCUGAGUGUCAAGUCAUUAACCAUCGACCCACCUGCACGUGUAUUCCCGGCUACAGCGGCAAUCCCUUCCAGUACUGCAUUGUGAUUCGCGAUAUUGUCGAGACUCCGAAGGAUGUCUGCAAUCCGUCGCCUUGCGGGCCCAACAGUCAGUGCCGCGUUAAUAACGAUCAGGCGGUUUGUUCUUGUCUACCGACGUACAUCGGUAGUCCACCCGCAUGCCGCCCUGAAUGCGUAACCAGCUCGGAUUGUUCGCUCAUGCUCGCUUGCGUGAAUCAAAAAUGCCAAGACCCCUGUCCCGGCUCCUGCGGCAGAAACUCACAUUGCAAGGUCGUCAAACACAGUCCGAUCUGCUCCUGCAGGAACGGCUUUACCGGCGAUCCAUUUACCGUUUGCUUCCAAACACCUGUGAGCCCGCCCGUGGUAAACGACGUCGCGAGAGACCCGUGCAUACCGUCGCCCUGUGGCGCAUUCUCCGAGUGUCGCGACAUAGGAGGAGUACCAUCGUGCUCUUGUUUACCGGAGUACAGAGGCAGUCCGCCGAAUUGCAAGCCGGAAUGCACCAUCAAUACAGAGUGUCCGGCUAACAUGGCCUGCAUGCAACAAAAAUGCAGGGAUCCUUGUCCGGGCUCGUGCGGCAUCCUGGCCGAAUGUAGUGUCGUUAAUCACGUGCCGAUUUGCUCGUGCCUGCCCGGCCACACCGGCGAUCCUUUCACCAGUUGUACCCUAAGUCCAACCGUCAGCCCCGUCGAAAAGGACCCCUGCACACCUUCACCUUGCGGAUCCAACGCGCGGUGCGACAGAGGAGUCUGCACUUGCUUAGCGGAGUAUUUCGGCGACCCUUACAGCGGCUGUCGGCCGGAGUGUGUGUUGAACAACGACUGCGCGAAUACGCGGGCAUGCGUGCGCAAUAAAUGCGUGGACCCUUGCCCGGGCAUUUGCGGGCAGAACGCCGUGUGCGAUGUGUACAAUCACGUGCCCAUGUGCAGUUGCCCCGCGGGAAUGGACGGAAACGCUUUCGUCCUAUGCUCUCCCGUUCCAGCACCCACCAUUCGAGACCCGUGCAAUCCGUCCCCGUGUGGUCCCAACAGUCAGUGCCGACAGAAUAACAUGCAGGCUGUGUGUAGCUGCAUAAGCGGCUUUGUCGGAGCACCGCCGACUUGCAGGCCCGAAUGCGUGAUUAGCUCGGAUUGUCCAAAAAGCGAGGCGUGCACCAACCAGAAGUGUCGGGAUCCUUGCCCCGGAAGUUGCGGACGCAACGCAAUCUGCAACGUUAUCAAUCACAACCCCGUUUGCUCGUGCCGCGGUGGAAUGACCGGGGAUCCCUUCAUCAAUUGCUUCCCACUUCCUGAAACUCCGAUACCCGUGGUCGAUCCCUGUCAGCCAUCGCCGUGCGGACCGAACUCGCAGUGUCAAGUGGUCAAUGACCAACCCUCUUGCUCGUGCUCGCAAGAAUUUAUCGGAUCACCACCGAACUGCCGGCACGAAUGCGUCAGCAACGGCGAAUGUUCGAACAAGAUGGCCUGCGUCAACCAGAAAUGUCGCGAUCCGUGCGUCGGCGCGUGCGGACUCAAUGCCGUUUGCAACGUUGUCAGCCACACACCGAUGUGCGCGUGUACAACCGGUUACACUGGCGAUCCGUUUACACAGUGCUCUCCCCAACAAUUCGACAUACAGCCUAGCGUACCGACACCGUGCACGCCAUCUCCGUGCGGUGCGAACGCGGUGUGCAGAGUCCAACAAAACGCGGGUUCCUGCACAUGCUCGCUCGAUUACAUCGGUAACCCUUACGAGGGCUGCAGACCCGAGUGCACGCUUAAUUCGGACUGUCCGUCUAAUCAAGCCUGCAUCGGUCUGAAGUGCAAAGACCCGUGUCCGGGGACCUGCGGCCAGAACGCGCAGUGCUACGUGAUCAAUCACGCGCCAACUUGCACUUGCUUCGAGCGAUACACGGGAAAUCCAUUUAUAUUCUGCAAUCUUAUCGUCGAAGCCCCGGUUGUGUCGGAUAACGUGAAUCCAUGCCGGCCGUCUCCCUGCGGACCGUACAGCCAAUGCAGAGAGAGCAACGGCCAAGCCGUUUGCUCGUGCCUUCCAACUUACGUAGGCGCACCGCCCGGCUGCAGGCCGGAGUGCACAGUUAGCACGGAUUGCGCGACGAAUCGCGCAUGCGAGAACAACAAGUGCGUCGACCCCUGUCCCAACUCGUGCGGUCAAGGAACGACCUGCAGGGUCGUGAAUCACAGCCCGAUAUGCAUGUGCAAACCCGGAUUCAGCGGCGACCCAUUCACCCGCUGCUCAUUCAUUCCGUCCGUACCGUUGCCGAGUCCGCCUUCGGACCCCUGCUUCCCCUCUCCUUGCGGGCCGAAUUCGCAAUGCCGCAAUAUCAACGGUUACCCAUCGUGCUCCUGUAUGCUUAAUUACAUCGGUACACCGCCGAACUGCCGGCCCGAGUGCGUCAUCCCCGCGGACUGCCCGAGCAAUCAGGCUUGCAUUCGCGAGAAGUGUCAGGAUCCCUGUCCGGGUUCUUGCGGCCUGUACGCCGACUGCACCGUUCACAACCACAUCCCGACCUGCAGGUGCAUAGAGGGUUACACUGGCGAUCCGUUCAUCGGUUGCCAGCCUGUGCCAAUCAAAGACGAGGCGCCGGUAAUCGACCCGUGCAGUAAGUCACCCUGCGGACCGAACGCCCGGUGCAACAACGGCCUUUGCACUUGCAUCCCCGAGUACUUCGGCGACCCGUACGCCGGUUGCCGGCCGGAAUGCGUGCUCAGCACGGACUGCUCGGCUGACAAGGCGUGCAUACGAAACAAAUGCGUAGACCCUUGCCCGGGCACUUGCGGACGCAACAGCCUCUGCAACGUCAUCAAUCACACGCCGAUGUGCAGCUGCCCUCGCGGCACUGUCGGCAACGCGUUCAUCGCUUGCGACGCGAUGAAAGUUCCGCCGGAAACGAGACCGUGCAACCCGAACCCCUGCGGCCCCAACAGCAUAUGUCGGGAGUCGAACGGACACGCCGUGUGCACCUGUGCGCCCGACUUCCUCGGCUCGCCGCCCCUUUGCCGACCCGAGUGCACCCUGAGCUCCGACUGCCGGCAGAACGAGGCCUGCGCCAAUCAGAAGUGCAAAGACCCUUGCCCCGGCACGUGCGGCAUCCAGGCGAGAUGUGUGGUCGUCAACCACAACCCCGUGUGCUCGUGCCCCGAGCGCUACACCGGCGACCCCUUCAUCAGAUGCGACGUGCUAAGUAUAAUACCGGUAGAGCCCGUAAAUCCCUGCCAGCCUUCACCCUGCGGUCCGUACGCCACAUGCCAGGUCAUUAACGAAUUGCCGUCCUGCUCGUGCCUGCCCGAGUACAAAGGCUCGCCCCCGAAUUGCCGGCCCGAAUGUAUCUCCAACCCCGAGUGCCCCGGCCACCAGAGUUGCGUGCGGCAAAAGUGCAAGGACCCCUGCCCAGGUCUAUGCGGGGAGAGUGCGGAGUGCGCCGUGGUGCAGCAUGUGCCCCAUUGCGUCUGUUCCUACGGUCUCACCGGUGACCCGUACACGCGCUGCUCCGUCAUACCGAACAAAGUGGAGCCGGAACCCUCGCCCUGCGCGAUCUUCGAGUGCGGCGCGAACGCGAUAUGUAAGGAGCGAGACGGUGUCGCGGUUUGUCAAUGCACUUCCAACUACAUUGGCAAUCCGUACUUAGCGUGUCGGCCCGAAUGCGUCAUUAAUCCCGACUGCCCGUCCAAUUUGAUGUGCGUGAGAAACAAAUGCGUUAAUCCCUGCGCGGGCGUGUGCGGCCGGAACGCCGAGUGCUCGGUAGUCAAUCAUCAACCGAUGUGCACCUGCCUCCCCGGAUAUACCGGAGAUCCCUUCAGCAAUUGUUUCAUAAGUCAAAUAGUCGAAGACGAGAAUGUAUGCGCCCCGUCACCUUGCGGACCCAACAGCAAGUGCAAAGAGGUGUCUGGACAGGCGGUCUGCUCGUGCCUGCCAGCUUACGUCGGGACUCCGCCGGCGUGUAGACCCGAGUGCGUCGCUAGCUCGGAGUGUCCCUCCCAGUUAGCGUGCAAGGACUACAAAUGCGUGAACCCUUGCCCCAGCCCGUGCGGACUCAAUAGCAAUUGCGCGGUGGUUAAUCACAGCCCCAUCUGCAGUUGCAUGCCCGGUUACAGCGGAGACCCGUUCACCAUAUGCACAUCGAUUCCACCUGUGGUUCCACCGGGCCCGAUAGAGAGAGACCCAUGUGUGCCGUCCCCGUGCGGUAGUUUCGCCCAAUGUAGAAACAUCGGCGGCUCGCCCGCCUGCACCUGCCUGGAGAAUUACACGGGCCGGCCGCCCAAUUGCAGACCCGAGUGCACCAUACACUCGGAGUGCCCGAGCGACAAGGCCUGCGUCAACAUGAAGUGCGUGGACCCCUGUCCGGGCUCCUGCGGCACCAAUGCCCAGUGCUCGGUGAUUAACCACAUCCCCACGUGCAGAUGCCCCGAAGGUUACACCGGCAACACAUUUACCCUUUGCGAGUUGAUACCAGCGACACCGAUCCCGUCACCGGUCGAAGACGCCUGUGUCCCGUCGCCCUGCGGCCCCAACGCGGAAUGCUUCGACGGUAUCUGUACCUGUCUGCCGGAGUUCCGAGGAGACCCCUACGUAGGUUGCCGGCCGGAAUGCGUUCUAAAUACCGAUUGCCCCCGCGACCGGGCGUGCGUGCGAAACAAGUGCGUGGACCCUUGCCCGGGAGCCUGCGCCGUUAACGCCCUGUGCACCGUGAUCGGCCACGUUCCCAUGUGCAGUUGUCCCGGGAACAUGACCGGCAAUGCCUUCAGCCAAUGCACACCUAUACAAGACAUGCCACCCGCUAAUCCCUGCGGCCUCUCGCCCUGCGGACCUAACAGCGAAUGCCGCGUAGUAAACAGCCAGGCGGUCUGCUCAUGCAUUAGAGGCUACCUAGGUAGUCCCCCAACUUGCAGGCCCGAAUGCAUAGUCAGUACGGACUGCUCGCAGGACCAGGCGUGCAACAACCAGAAGUGCGCGAACCCUUGCCUGGGAAGUUGCGGGAUCGGCGCGUUGUGCCACGUGGUGAAUCAUAAUCCCAUCUGCAUUUGUCCUCCCUCCCAAACGGGCGACCCCUUCGUUAGGUGUAUCAAUGAGCCACCGCCCACACCAGCUCCUUCCACGCCGUGCGAACCGUCCGCCUGUGGUCCCAACUCGAAGUGCCGGCCGUUCGACGGCAUAUCUCUGUGCUCGUGUCUGCCCGGUUUCAUCGGCAGUCCGCCCAAUUGCAGAGCGGGAUGCGUCAGCAACAGCGAGUGCGCCAAUCACCUGGCCUGUAUCAAUCAGAAAUGCCAAGACCCGUGCGCCGGUUCUUGCGGCGCGAACGCCAAUUGUCACGUGGUCAGUCACACCCCGAUGUGCACCUGCGUGACCGGUUACACCGGCGACCCGUUCACCCAAUGCGUUUUCAGGGAGCCCACGCCACUGCCGCCCGCGCCCGUUGAUCCUUGCACUCCUUCUCCCUGCGGCUCGAAUGCGGUGUGCAAAGAGUUCAACGGGGCCGGUUCGUGCACGUGCCUGCCGAAUUACACCGGCAACCCGUACGAAGGCUGUCGGCCGGAGUGCGUGUUGAAUACGGAUUGUCCCGCCAGUCUGGCCUGCAUCAAUAUGAAGUGCAGGGACCCGUGUCCGGGAUCGUGCGGGCGCAACGCGUUGUGCCAAGUGGUCAACCACUUGCCCGUCUGCAACUGUUACCCCAGAUACACCGGCAACGCCUUCCUCUACUGCAGCCCGAUAGAGAUAGAAGGAGACGACGUCGUUAGUCGUCCCUGCGAGCCGUCACCCUGUGGACCCAACAGCAAGUGCCGCGUCGUGGACAACACGAGCGUCUGCACUUGCCUGCCCACCUUCCUGGGAAGCCCGCCGAACUGCCGUCCCGAGUGCACGGUCAGCGCCGAGUGCGCUUUUAAUUUGGCGUGCAUCAAGAACAAAUGUAGCGACCCUUGUCCCGGAUUGUGCGGUUCCAACACGAGAUGCGAGACGAUCCAUCAUAACGCCAUAUGCUCGUGCCGACUGGGCUACACGGGUGAUCCGUUCGUUGCCUGUUUCGAAAUGCCACCCCCGGAUAAAGAUCGUCCACUCGUGAAUCCUUGCGCGCCCUCACCAUGCGGACCCUAUUCGGAGUGCCGUGACAUUAAUAGCCAAGCGUCCUGCGCUUGUCUGCCGACGUACAUGGGAACACCGCCUAAUUGCAGGCCCGAAUGUUUGAUUAACUCGGAAUGCCCGAGUAAUCAAGCGUGCAUACAGAGAAAGUGCCAGUAUCCUUGCGACGGAGUAUGCGGAGUAGGAGCAACUUGUAACGUCAUUAGCCACUUACCCUCGUGUUCCUGUCCGAACGGCUUCACCGGAGAUCCGUUCGUGAUAUGUAAACCAAUCCCAGAGGAAGAUACGACGCUCAAACCAACGGAUCCGUGCUUAAACUGCGGUGCAAACACGCAGUGUCUCAAUGGUGUGUGCACCUGCCUUCCCGAGUAUCAGGGAGACCCGUAUUUGGGCUGUCGUCCAGAAUGCGUCUUGAAUCCGGAUUGCCCGAGGGACAGAGCUUGCAUUAAGAACAGGUGUCGCGAUCCUUGCGACGGGAUCUGCGGCUAUAACGCUCUGUGUUCCGUCGUGAAUCACAUUCCGGUCUGCACUUGCCCACCAGGAAUGUCGGGCAACGCGUUCGUAGCGUGUUCCCCGAUAGAAGCACCGAUACCGAAAGAUCCAUGCAACCCGACACCAUGUGGACCAAAUAGCCAGUGCCGAAAGAUAAACGAGCAGGCUGUCUGCUCGUGUAUACCCGGAUACCUGGACUCACCGCCCAAUUGCCGAGCCGAGUGUAUUAUCAGUUCCGACUGUCCCGCGAACAUGGCCUGCAAUAAUCAGAAAUGCAUUGACCCGUGUCCCGGAACGUGCGGUAUCAGAGCUCAGUGCACCGUAGUCAAUCACAACCCGAUCUGUUCUUGCCCUGCCGAGUUGACCGGCGACCCCUUCACACAGUGCAUCCCAAGACCGGAGCAACCUCCAACACCCGUUAACCCCUGCGUCCCAUCUCCGUGUGGGCUCAACAGUCGGUGUCAGGUCGUGAACGACGCGCCCUCGUGCAGUUGCCUGGCAGAGUUCAUCGGCGAACCGCCGAACUGCAGGCCGGAAUGCGUUAGUAACAGCGAGUGCUCCACGAACUUGGCGUGCAUCAAUCAGAAGUGUCGCGAUCCUUGUCCGGGAUCCUGCGGACUUAACUCGGACUGUCGGGUGGUCAGUCACACGUCCAUGUGCGUGUGCAUUACCGGAUACGAGGGCGAUCCGUUCGUACAAUGUAACCCCAAGAGAAGCGAAGUUCCGAGUGCCGUAAAACCAACUCCCUGUAUUCCGUCGCCCUGCGGCUUCAACGCGAUGUGUCGCGAACUGAACGGCGCUGGUUCGUGCACAUGUCAACCGGACUACAUAGGCAACCCGUACGAAGGCUGUCGACCCGAAUGCACGAUGAAUUCCGACUGCACCGCGGAUCGCGCAUGCAUCGGAUCGAAAUGUCAGAACCCUUGUCCAGGCUUCUGCGGGUACAACGCGGUGUGUCAAGUGGUGAAUCACGCGCCGUUGUGCGUGUGUCAGCCCGGCUACAGCGGCAACCCAUUCAUCUCUUGUAAUAUCGUGGAAGAUUCGAAGCUAGAGAGCAACCCAUGUAGCCCGUCUCCCUGUGGACUUAACAGCCAAUGCCGCGAAUUGAACGGUCAGGCGAUCUGCUCGUGCUUGCCCACGUUCAUCGGCACCCCGCCGAGCUGUCGUGCCGAGUGCACCGUUAGCUCGGAUUGCCUUCAAAAUCGCGCGUGCAAGAGCCGCAAAUGCGUGGACCCGUGUCCGGGCAUCUGCGGCAUUAACGCAAGAUGCGAAGUGAUCAAUCACAGUCCGAUUUGCAGUUGCAACCAAGAUUUCACCGGCGAUCCCUUCGUAGCGUGCUUCCGUGUAGAAGUGGACAAAGACACCAUCCCUACGACGCCGACGAACCCGUGCGUGCCGUCCCCUUGCGGCCCGUUCGCCACUUGCCGCGACAGCGGCUACGGUGGCGUGCCGUCCUGCACAUGCAUGGAGAAUUACAUCGGCAGCCCGCCGAACUGCCGGCCGGAGUGCACCGUGGAUUCCGACUGUGGCAGCAACAGGGCUUGCCUCAGACAGAAAUGCAGAGACCCGUGCCCGGGCUCGUGCGGUAUCGGAGCGCAAUGCCUCGUGGUAAAUCACAUGGCCGUUUGCCUCUGCCCGAAGGGUUAUACCGGAGACGCCUUCGCCAGCUGCUACCCGGAACCUCCCCCUGCGCCGGUGCCGCAAGAUCCUUGUAACCCGAACCCGUGCGGUGCCAACGCGGUGUGCCGCGACGGCAGUUGCGCCUGCCUGCCCGAGUAUCACGGCGACCCGUAUUCCGCGUGUCGGCCCGAGUGCGUGCAGAACCCGGACUGCCCGUUGGACAAAGCCUGUGUCCGCAACAAGUGCUUCGACCCAUGCGCCGGAGCUUGCGGGCAGAACGCCAAGUGCACAGUCAUCAAUCACACCCCGAUGUGUACCUGCCCCGACGGAAUGUCCGGCAACGCGUUCGCGGUGUGUUAUCCGGCUGAAGAACCCGCGGUGGUUGAGAACCCGUGCAGUCCGUCGCCCUGCGGCCCGAACAGCCGCUGCCAGAGCUUUAACAACCAAGCGGUGUGCUCGUGCGUGCCCGGCUACAUAGGGAAUCCCCCGGCCUGUCGCCCCGAAUGCAUCGUCAACACCGAUUGCGCGCUGAAUGAGGCCUGCAUCAACAUGAAGUGCGGCAAUCCAUGCUUGGGCACGUGCGGCAUAUCCGCUCGUUGCCAAGUGCUCAAUCACAACCCGAUCUGCAGCUGUCCUCCCGCAUUUACCGGCGAUCCGUUCCUACACUGCACCCCGAGACCCGAGAACGUGCCGAAACCAGUAAACCCGUGCCAACCUUCGCCUUGCGGCCCGAACGCCCAGUGCCAGGUCGUCAACGACUCGCCGUCGUGCUCGUGCAUGCCGGAAUACAUCGGGACACCGCCGAACUGUAGGCCGGAAUGCAUCAGCAACAGCGAGUGCCCGAGUCAACAGGCUUGCAUCAAUCGCAAGUGCAGAGACCCGUGUCCCGGAUCGUGCUUCGCCCUGGCCGACUGUAAUGUCGUUAACCACGUGCCCACUUGCUCGUGUCGCGCCGGUUACACGGGCGAUCCGUUCGUUCAGUGCACGAUCAAGGAGAGCGAACCACCAGCACCGAGUCGGCCUUGCCAACCGUCCCCGUGCGGUACGAACGCCGUGUGCAGGGAACAAAACGGCGUUGGUUCCUGCACAUGUUUGCCCGAAUACAUCGGGAACCCCUAUGAAGGAUGCCGCCCCGAAUGCACCCUCUCUUCAGACUGUCCCGCGCACUUGGCCUGCAUCGGGUCGAAGUGUCAGAAUCCGUGCCCGGGCUCGUGCGGCGCCAAUACCAAUUGCCAAGUCGUCAACAAUGUCCCCGUUUGCACGUGCAUCCCCGGUUACACCGGCAAUCCGUACAUAAACUGCGCUUAUCAGGCUCUCGAGAUUCCCGAGGACGACCGUGAGCCCUGCAAACCAUCCCCCUGCGGCCCGAACAGUCAAUGCGCCAAUAAUAAUGGUCAAGCGAUCUGCUCUUGCUUGCCCAAAUUCAUCGGAGCCCCGCCGAAUUGUAGACCGGAGUGCUUGGUGAAUUCGGAGUGCGGAUCGAGCCGGGCGUGCGUGAAUCAGAAAUGCGUGGACCCGUGCAUCGGUACUUGCGGCCGCGACGCCCAAUGCAAAGUCAUACACCACAGCCCGAUUUGCAACUGCCCGAACGGCUUCACCGGCGAUCCCUUCAUCUACUGCUUCCCAGCGCCAAUACCAGAACCGGAAGAUCAGUACCCGAAGGACCCGUGCUUGCCGUCACCUUGCGGACCGAACGCUCUGUGCAGAGCCAUCGGCAGCACACCAGCGUGCAGCUGCAUGCAGAAUUACAUCGGUGUGCCUCCGAAUUGCCGGCCCGAAUGCUCAAUUAAUUCGGACUGUCCCGCUGACCAAGCCUGCAUGAGAGAGAAAUGCAGGGACCCUUGUCCGGGAUCGUGCGGCCUCCUGGCGCAAUGCACGGUGAUAAAUCACACGCCCUCCUGCGUCUGUCCCGAAGGAUACACCGGCGAUCCCUUCGUCAGUUGCAACCCUGCGCCUCAGACACCCCUACCGCCCCCCGACCGAUGCAACCCAUCGCCAUGCGGCCAGAACACUCGGUGCAACGACGGAGUGUGCACAUGCGUACCCGAGUACUUCGGGGACCCAUUCGUCGGCUGUCGGCCGGAAUGCGUCAUCAACACCGAUUGCCCGCGCGACCGGGCGUGCAUGCAGCACAAGUGCCGCGAUCCGUGCGCCGGCACGUGCGGCCUCAACGCCGAAUGUAACGUCGUCAAUCACCUGCCGAUGUGCAGCUGUCCGCGAAACAUGACCGGCAAUGCGUUCAUUUCCUGCAUCUUCAUCGUCCAAGAUACGAUCACCUCCGAGCCGUGCAACCCGUCCCCCUGCGGACCGAACAGCCAUUGUCGCGUGUCGAACGGCCAGGCGGUAUGCGCGUGCAUCGCCGGCUUCAGAGGAGCCCCGCCGUCCUGCCGGCCGGAAUGCCUCAUAAGCUCCGACUGCGCUCGCAAUCGCGCCUGCAGCAACCAGAAGUGCGUCGACCCGUGCCUCGGCGCGUGCGGAAUAGCCGCGCAGUGCGCGGUCAUCAAUCACAACCCGGUGUGCAGCUGCCCGACCUUGUACACGGGCGACCCGUUCGUCCGGUGCUUCCCGCAACCGAAAGAACCGCCACCACCGCCGACCGACCCCUGCCGACCUUCGCCUUGCGGCCCGAACGCGCUCUGCCAAGUCCUCAACGGAGCUCCGUCCUGCUCGUGCUUGCCGCAGUUUAUCGGGGCCCCGCCUAGGUGUAAGCCGGAGUGCGUGAGCAACAGCGAAUGCCCCAGUCAACAGGCUUGCAUCAAUCAGAAGUGCCGGGAUCCCUGUCCGGGAUCGUGCGGCACGAAUGCCGAGUGUAAGACUGUCAGUCACACCCCCAUGUGCGUUUGCGCCGGAGACUUUACCGGGGACCCCUUCAUCCAAUGCAGCCCCCGGCCGAUUGAGACACCACUCGUCCCGCUAAACCCAUGCCAACCGUCGCCGUGUGGCGCGAACGCUAUGUGCCGGGAAGCCUCCGGCUCGGCCUCCUGCGUCUGCCUGCCCGAUUUCUACGGGAAUCCUUACGAAGGUUGUAGACCUGAGUGCGUGAUCAAUUCCGACUGCACGUCCAAUCGAGCAUGCAUAAGGAACCGAUGUCAGGACCCCUGUCCAGGAACGUGCGGCGUCAACGCGAUCUGCGAAGUCAUCGGUCACAUACCGGCGUGCAGCUGUCAGACCAGAUACACAGGGGACCCGUUCAGAUAUUGCGAGCCCAUACAAGAAACCCCUCCAGCGCCCAUGGGCGAUCCUUGCCGGCCAUCUCCCUGCGGGCCGAAUAGCAACUGCAUAAACCUGAACGGAAAAGCCAGCUGUUCGUGCCUGCCGAAUUACCAAGGAUCUCCUCCCGGGUGCAAGCCCGAGUGCGUCCUUAACACGGAAUGCCCCAUGAAUCGCGCGUGCGUCAAUCAGAAGUGCGUUGAUCCGUGCCCAGGUGUGUGCGGCAUCAACGCCAAGUGCAGUGCCUUAUCCCACAGCCCGUUCUGCAGCUGCGGACCUGGUCUGAUCGGAGACCCCUUCGUCAAGUGUUUCGACAUGCCUUUGAUGCCCGCACCACCACAGCAGGCGAACCCUUGCAUCCCGUCGCCCUGUGGCCCGUUCUCCACGUGCCAAGACAGGGGAGGCUAUCCGUCUUGCACAUGCAUGCCCAAUUACAUCGGAUCGCCGCCGUACUGCCGCGCCGAGUGCUCGAUCGAUUCCGAUUGCACCCGUGACAAAGCCUGCAUCCGAGAGAAAUGUAGAGAUCCUUGCCCCGGCUCCUGCGGCUUUAACGCCCUGUGUACCGUAAUCAACCACACCCCGGCUUGUACGUGCCCCGACGGAUACACGGGCGACCCCUUCAGCAAUUGUUACCCGACACCCAUGCAGAUCCCUCCGGCAAAGCCAGACCCGUGCAACCCGUCGCCAUGCGGACCGAACGCCGAGUGCACAGGCAACGGCGUGUGCAAGUGCAUAGCCGAGUACCGCGGCGACCCGUACCGAGAAUGCCGGCCGGAGUGCGUGCAGAACUCCGACUGUCCGUACAACAAGGCCUGCGCCAACAACAAGUGCGUGGACCCCUGCGUCGGAAUCUGCGGACAGAACGCGGAGUGCGCGGUGGUCGGCCACAUAGCCACCUGCAGUUGCGCUCAGAAUUACGAGGGCGAUCCGUUCACCCUGUGCACGCGCGUGAAACCACGCGUGAAACCCUGCGAGCCCUCUCCCUGCGGACCGAACAGUGUCUGCCGCGAGUUCAGCGAGCAGGCCUCUUGCUCUUGCCUACCCGGUUACUUCGGGGUCCCGCCGAGCUGCAGACCCGAGUGUCUCGUUAGCACCGACUGCGAGCAGAGCAAGGCCUGCGUUAACACCAGAUGCCGCAAUCCCUGUGAGAACGCGUGCGGCCCGAACGCACUGUGCGUCGUGCGAAAUCACAAUCCUAUUUGCAGGUGCCCCGAUCAGCAUUCCGGCGACCCGUUCGUGAAUUGCUUCCCCAUAACACCAUCGGACGUAGAACCCUCCAGGGACCCGUGUUACCCUUCACCGUGUGGACCGAACUCGCAGUGCGCGAUAUCCGCUGAUAAUAAACCCUCCUGCUCCUGCUUACCCACCUUCAUAGGAUCUCCGCCCAAUUGUAGACCCGAAUGCCGUGUAAACAGCGACUGUCCCGCCAAUCGAGCAUGCAUUAAGCAGAAAUGUAACGACCCGUGCGUUGGAUCGUGCGGACUCAAUGCACUGUGCCAAGUCACUUUGCACCAAGCCCGAUGCACCUGUCCCGAAUCAUACACCGGAGACCCGUUCACAGUUUGUUCUGCGAUACCAUCAACUCCAGUACCACCGACACCCUCCAGACCGUGCAGCCCCUCGCCGUGCGGUAUAAACGCGUACUGCCAUGAGAGAUUCAACACGGCCAUCUGCGAGUGCAUACCGAACUACAGAGGCAACCCGUACCAAGGCUGUCAACCGGAGUGCCUCGUCAACACCGACUGCCCGCAGUCGCAGGCCUGCAUAAGAACCAAGUGUCAAGAUCCUUGUCCGGGAACUUGCGGCGUUGGUGCGAUCUGCACAGUGUCGAAUCACGUCCCCAUCUGUUCGUGCCCGCUGCCAACGAUCGGCGACGCUUUCACGCUUUGCCGAGUCCCCGUGGAAGAUACUAAAGAAACUGAUCCAUGCUAUCCCUCACCGUGCGGCCCGAACACCGUCUGCGAGAAAAUCGGCAAUACUGCAGUUUGCAAGUGCCUACCCGGACUGCAAGGUGUCCCGACGAGUGUCACCGGUUGCCAUCCGGAAUGCGUGCUUAGCUCGGACUGUCCAGGCGACAAGGCUUGCAUACAGAGCAAAUGCAGGGACCCGUGUUCUCAAAAUGUGUGCGGCAGCAAGGCGGUGUGCAAGACGAUCAAUCACAGUCCUCUCUGCAGCUGCCCGUCUCCCUUGAUCGGUAACCCCUUCGAGGAGUGUUACACGAAAAUCGAAACCAACCCCUGCAGCCCCUCGCCUUGCAAUUACAACGGCGAGUGCAGAGUGAGGAACGGCGUCGCGGUCUGCAUCUACCCCGAGUGCGUCAUCAAUACCGACUGUCCACGCGACAAGGCAUGUUUCUCGCAAAAAUGCCGGGAUCCCUGCAUCGGCGCGUGCGGCAUCAAUUCUCUCUGCCAGACCGUCAAUCACAAGCCGGUGUGCUCCUGCCCGGUCGGUUUCACCGGCAACGCGCGAGUGCAAUGUACAAUUCCAACCCUCGCAGAGCCAGUCCCAGAGUGCACGCAGAAUACCGAGUGCUCGAACGACAAGACUUGCUUCAAUCAAAAGUGCGUCGAUCCGUGCACCUUGGACUCCUGCGGCCUCAACAGCCGCUGCCACGUGACAAUGCACAGAGCCAUAUGCGUCUGCAACGAGGGAUUCACCGGGAACCCUCAGCAAUAUUGCCACCAGCUUGGUUGUCGCAACGAUAACGAGUGCCCAUUGAUCCAGUCCUGCAUCAACAACGAGUGCAUUGACAUUUGCCUGGUUACACAGUGCGGUCUCAACGCAUUGUGCACCGCCGACGGAUACCACAGGACUCGAUGCUACUGUCCAGACGGCUACACGGGCAAUCCGUACGAAGUAUGCGAGAGGCCGGAAUGCACCAGCGACAACGACUGCGCUCCGUUCCUGGCCUGUCGCAACUUGAAAUGCGUCAAUCCUUGCAACUGCCCGCCACCGGCUUUGUGCACCGUCGUCAAUCAUCGGUCAGUCUGCAAGUGUCCGCCUGGCUAUACCGGCAAUCCUUACACCUCGUGUCUCCUGGAACCGCUGGAGCCGAAGGCCGAAUGCCAAGUCGACGGUGACUGUCCCAGCAAGCUGGCGUGUUUCAGCGGUAUUUGCAAAGACCCGUGCGCGGAAACGAAGCCGUGCAUCGCUAGCGCCAGGUGCAGCGUCGUGGAUACCUUGCCGAUGAGAACGAUGAUCUGCGAAUGCCUGCCGAACUACGCCGGCGACGCCACCGUUCUCUGCGUGCCGGUGGACAAACAAAUCGCCGCGAUCUGCGAGAGCGACUCGCAAUGUACGCCGGACUUGGCCUGCCUCAACCGCCGAUGCAUCAACCCCUGCAACAUCAACCCGUGCGCAUCGAACGCGGAGUGCCACAUCGAGAACCAUCGUCGCGCGUGCCAGUGUCCUCGCGGAUACUCCGGAGACCCGUUCAUAAAUUGCUACGAAGAAAACGUGGUCCUGCCGGAAUGCAGAACAAACACCGAGUGUCCGUUCGACAAAGCGUGUAUCAAUCAACUUUGUCAAGACCCGUGCUCCAGCAAUCGCUGCGGAUUUAACGCCGAGUGCAUCACGAUCAAUCAUCAUCCAUCCUGCCACUGCCAAGGCGGUUUGGCCGGCGAUCCGCAGCUUCAAUGCUUCAGACCGGAAUGUAAGACAGACAACGAUUGCCCUUACGACAAGACCUGCCGAAACGACAACUGCGUCACUCCCUGCCUCGUCGGCGACGUCGUGUGCGGCCGUGGCGCGGAAUGCAGAGCGGUGUCUCACCGAGCUCAGUGCAUUUGUCCGCAAGGCACUCAGGGUGAUCCGCGAGUGGCGUGCAUUUCGGCGAUUUGCCACUACAACGAGGACUGUGCUGAUCACGAGGCCUGCGACAGAUUGAACCGAGUUUGCAGACCGGUCUGUGACGACGACGCUUGCGCCGAAACGGCGACCUGCGUCGCGCGCGACCAUCAGCCGAAGUGCACGUGUCCUCCGGGCACUACCGGAAAUCCAUAUAUAACCUGCGUUGGCGCUCCUAUCGUACCCGAGUGCACGCAGGACAGCGAAUGCGCGUUGAAUCUUGCCUGCAUCAACACCAAGUGUCAGGAUCCUUGCGCCUCCGGCGGUAUGUGCACCAGCGAGCAAGAGUGCAAAGUGUUGAACACCGUGCCGCUUCGCACCAUGAUCUGCUUGUGUCCACCGAAUACGAUCACCGAUGAGAAGGGACAGUGCAAGCCGAUCGUGCUGGGCGAUGCACAAUGUCAUCUGGAUCAAGAUUGCGCGAACCACGAGAAGUGUCUCGAUGGAACAUGCGUGGACGCCUGUUUGACCACUCAGUGCGGCUUCAACGCGCAGUGCAAGUCCACGUCUCACACCGGCAUCUGCUUCUGCUCGCAGGACUUCACGGGCAACGCUUACAUAGAAUGCAUAAGAGUCCCGGUCACUACCUUACCAGGACAUCGGCCGGAGUGUUACGCAAGCAGCGAGUGCGCGCGCGACAAGCAGUGCGUCAAUUCGCUCUGCGUAAACCCGUGCAUCGCCGGCGAUCCUUGCGGUAGGAACUCCUUGUGCCACGUUGACCAUCACGAUCCGAUCUGCAAGUGUCCGAUCGGCUACAACGGCGAUCCCAGGAUCAAGUGCAUACCACCCGAGAUCGUGCCCGAGUGCGUGUCGAACAGCGAAUGCGCAGGGAACUACGCGUGCGUCAACAACGCGUGCAUCAAUCCGUGCAAUUGCGGACCGAACGCCAAGUGUAACGUCGUCAACCAUUAUCCUUCCUGCAUAUGUCUGCCGGGCUACUCCGGCAAUCCUCAGCUGGGAUGCUUCAAGCUCGAUUGCGAGUCCGACAGCGAGUGCGAUUACGCGGCCACCUGUUACAACGGCCAGUGCGUCAAUCCCUGCAUCCUGGACAACAAAUGCGCCAUCAACGCGGAAUGUUACGGGAAAAAUCACCGGUCAGCCUGCCGUUGCGGUCCAGGUUACUACGGCAAUCCUCAGGUUCACUGCGAGAGGGUCGAGUGUAAUACGGACCACGAUUGCCCCGGUAACCUGGCGUGCAACGAUGGCCGCUGCGUGAAUCCCUGCGCCGAGAGCUCACCAUGCGCACAGAACGCGGUCUGCUACGUCCAGGAUCACAUAGCCUCCUGCCGCUGUCCCGAGAACCUCCCGCUGGGGAAUCCGUUCUCCUACUGCGAACGACGUCCCGUGGAGGAGAUCGACCAGCCGGAAUGCAGAGUCGAUAUCGACUGCUCGGACAAACUGGUGUGCAUCCGAGAGAAAUGCAUCGAUCCUUGCCCGGUCAUCAAGCCGUGCCUGGAGAAUGCCCGCUGCGACGUUCUCGACACGGUGCCGGUGAGGACCAUGAUCUGCACGUGUCCGGAGGGAUGGAUCACCGACGUCGACGGAGUAUGCAGGCCAAUACAACUGACGGUGAUCGGGACGUGCACGAGCAACGACGACUGCGGCGACCGCGACGCCUGCGUCAACCGGCAAUGCCGCAACCCGUGCAACUGCGGCGCCAACGCCGUCUGCUACGUGAGGAAGCACAAACCGGUGUGCUCGUGCGAGCAAGGCUACCAGGGCAACCCGGAGAUCGCGUGCCACUCGGUCGAGUGCCGGCACCACAGCCAGUGCACGAUCGACAAGGCCUGCGAGAACAACAACUGCGUGAACCCGUGCCUGAUCGCGGACCGGUGCGGCACUAACGCCGAGUGCUUCCCGAACAACCACGUGGCCGACUGCCGCUGCCGCAAAGGCUACCACGGCAAUCCCCUGGACCGCUGCCGCGUGAUCGGCUGCUACAGCAACGGCGAUUGUCCGGGCGAUCACUCGUGCAUCAACAUGCAAUGUAUCGACCCCUGCGUCCACGACAACCCCUGCUCGGCUCGAGCAGAGUGCAGGGUUCUGAACCACCUGCCGAUAUGUCGCUGCCCGCCCCACUUCACCGGCAAUCCCUACGUCAACUGCCGGCCGGAAGAGCGGCCGGAGUGCAGAGAAGACAGCGACUGCCCAGACUCGCUCGCCUGCCUCGGCGACAAGUGCCAGGACCCUUGCCCGGUCAUACAGCCGUGCACGGAGCCGUCCGAGUGCCGGGUCCUGCCGACGCACCCGGUACGCACCAUGGUGUGCGUCUGUCCCAGCGGCUACGUCAGCAGCGGCAGCGGUACUUGCCGGGCGACCAAGCCGAUCCUCAAGAUCGAGUGCACCAAGGACGACGACUGCGCGCCUGAGCGGUCCUGCAUCAACGCCGUCUGCAGGGACCCCUGCGCCUGCGGACCCAACGCUGUCUGCAACGUCGUCAAUCACAAGCCGAUAUGCUCGUGCACGCCGGGAUACGACGGGAAUCCGGAUAUCGUCUGCAGGAAAGUUGCAGGAUGCAGGACUGACGGCGACUGUAGCGGCUCGCACGCGUGCGUCCAACGCAACUGCGUGCCGGUGUGUUCGCCAUCCUUGGCUUCCUGCGGCAGAAACGCGGUGUGCCACGGUAUAAAUCACAAGGCCAUCUGCGAAUGUCCACCCGGCUUCGGCGGCAACCCGAGAGUUUCCUGCGUGCUCUUAGGAUGCAGAAGCAACUCGGACUGCCCGACGAAUAAAGCGUGCAUUAACAACCGCUGCGAAAAUCCGUGCGCGGUGAACCCGUGCACCGGCGAUAUGGAGUGCAACGUGUACAAUCACGUCGUGGAAUGCGCGUGCCCGCCCGGCUACGUCGGCGACGUUAGAACCGGAUGUACCAAGGUUCAAGAAAAAUGCAAAGCGGACAACGAAUGCCCGUCUCAGACCGCGUGCUUCAACGGACAAUGCAUCAAUCCCUGCACGAAGAUCGAGCCCUGCGGUGUCAACGCGGUGUGCAAGGUCUUGGACACCAGCCCAGUUCGAACCAUGAUUUGCGAGUGUCUCCCAGGAUACCGUGGAAACGCAGUUGUCCGUUGUGAGAAAGCGAGUGUGUGUCCGGUCGAGAAGGGCCAGGUUCGCGACGAGUACGGCAACUGCGUCUGCCCGCCAGGAUUCGGCAAGGACGAGAACGACGAUUGCAUACCUUGCCGCAGGCAGUCCAACAUGGUGAUAAACGAGGACGGCUAUUGCGUGUGCGACCUGGAGAAGGGCUUCAGCAUCGACGAGUACGGCCGUUGCGUCUGCCCGACGCAGCACGGAUACAGGAUCGACGCCAACGGAUAUUGCAGAACCGUCGGCGUGAUAGAAUGCAGACGUAAUGACGACUGCGCCGACGACAAAUACUGCGAGAAGACCACCCGGACGUGUCAGGAUCCUUGCAAGAAGCAAGUGUGCGGCGUGAACGCGCUUUGCAACGCCACCAGGCACCAAGCUGUGUGUGUCUGCGUCAACGGCUACUUGGGCAAUCCUUAUACGCAGUGCUACGACCGAAAGGACGGCCGAACGGACUUCCCGAAACCGGAGAUGGACGUGAGCUGCUUGUCGGACGGGGUGCAGGUUGUGAUACACUUGCACCAGGAGUUCGACGGGGUUCUGUACGUGAAAGGACGUAGCAAAGACGAACAGUGCAGACGGGUUGUCUCGAUACCGGCCGAAACCGAGCACAAGACGGAAACCUUCAAAGUCGCAUUCGGCAAUUGCGGACUGAUACAUGUGAAUGGACAAGCCAGCUUCGUGCUGGUCAUACAGAAGCACCCGAAAUUGAUGACGUACAAGGCACAGGCUUAUCACAUCAAAUGUAUAUAUCAGACCGGCGAACAAAAUGUUACCCUCGGCUUCAACGUCUCCAUGCUGACGACAGCCGGAACGAUUGCCAACACCGGUCCACCGCCCGUAUGUCUGAUGAAGAUAGUUGCGCAGAACGGAAAUGAGAUUAAUUCGGCCGAAAUUGGGGACAAUCUGAUGCUUCAAGUGGAAGUUCAACCUUCAUCCAUUUACGGUGGGUUCGCGCGGAAUUGCGUCGCUAAGACGAUGGAGGAUAAUCUGGAGAACGAGUACAUCGUGACGGACGAGAACGGCUGUGCGACGGAUCCUACGAUAUUCGGCGAGUGGGAGCAAAAUCCCGAGACUCAAUCGUUAAUGGCUAGUUUCAACGCGUUCAAGUUCCCCAGCAGCGACAAUAUCAGAUUCCAGUGCAACAUCCGCGUGUGCUUCGGCCGCUGUCAGCCUGUCAACUGUCGAGGCUACAACGCUUUCGGCCGUCGCCGCAGGGACGUUGAUUCCGAAGUGAACGACACAUCUCUAAGCAUAUCCGACGGUUUUGAGGGCCAACUUCGUGAAGAAAUAACGAUCCAGUCGAACCUAAUAUUCACUCUGGAAAGGAGGGAGGAGAGGUACACAGCAGAUCCAGCUGAAGCUCCUUCAGCGCAAAGAGUGGAAGAUAUCUGUGUUUCUAUGGUCGGCUUUAUCAUAGCACUGAUAAUUACGGCGCUCUUGGCACUGGUUGCCGUAGCUAUCGCUGUGUCAUGCUGGCUUAUGGCGUAUCGACGUCAGCCAAAGACUGCUGGACCACUGCCACACCCACCAGAGUUCCCAAACCCCUUGUUCACUACUGAAUCGGUAGCUGAACCUUCUCCUGACUAUCACCUAUCAUAA